AUGGACGCGCAAAUUAUUUUUUUGAUGUUAAUACAAAAUUACAGAAUAUUUGACAAUCAUUACCACUUCCAUCACAACUCCGUGGCACGGAGGUCCAUCACGCCAGCAUCAGAACAUCACGGUCGUCUGGAGAAUGACUCGCGCGUCCACUGGGCAAAACAACAACGCGCAAUAUCAAGAAAGAAAAGAGAUUUUUUGCCUUUAAAAAAUUCCUCAUCCACAGUUGAAACAAAAUCAUCCCAUGCUCCUGCACCGACUUCUGCAGCAAAGCGCGAAGCAGGGUCUAAGCGUGACUUACAGCACUCACGAGUUAAGGGACGGCCCCGAUCCGCUGACUUUAAGUUCCAGCUGAAUGACCCCAAAUGGCCACAUAUGUGGUAUUUAAACCGUGGCGGAGGCUUGGAUAUGAACGUGAUUCCGGCAUGGCGGGAAGGCGUCACUGGACGUGGUGUCGUGGUUACCAUUUUGGACGACGGCCUAGAAACAGAUCAUCCAGAUUUAAUCGCUAAUUACGAUCCUAUGGCCUCAUACGACGUGAAUUCGCACGAUUCAGACCCACAACCACGUUACGACAUGAUAGAUUCGAACAGGCAUGGAACGAGGUGCGCGGGCGAGGUGGCUGCCACCGCCAAUAAUUCACUUUGUGCUGUAGGUGUUGCUUAUGGUGCUAGUGUUGGAGGUGUGCGAAUGUUGGACGGUGACGUGACCGAUGCGGUGGAAGCGAGAUCUCUAAGCCUCAAUCCCCAGCAUGUAGAUAUCUACAAUGCAUCUUGGGGGCCAGACGAUGACGGAAAAACUGUGGAUGGUCCCGGAGAGCUAGCCACAAGGGCAUUUAUUGAAGGUGUUACAAAGGGCCGAAACGGCAAAGGCUCAAUAUUCGUUUGGGCGUCGGGUAAUGGUGGGCGGGAGCACGAUAAUUGCAACUGCGAUGGCUAUACAAAUUCCAUCUGGACGCUAUCGAUUUCGUCGGCGACGGAGCGAGGCGAGGUGCCUUGGUACUCAGAAAUGUGCAGUUCCACAUUAGCUGCGACGUAUAGCAGCGGAGCCAUUAAUGAAAAGCAGGUAGUAACUACGGAUCUACAUCACUCGUGUACGGCAGGCCACACAGGAACGUCAGCGUCAGCACCACUAGCAGCUGGUAUUUGUGCACUAGCACUUCAAGCGAAUCGGGAACUUACGUGGCGUGACAUGCAGCACAUUGGUAUAACACUCGUACGCACGGCCAGACCGGAGCGCCUCAGUCUCGAGGGCAACUGGCGUGUGAACGGCGUUGGACGCAACGUGUCGCAUUCGUUUGGAUACGGGCUCCUGGACGCGGCGGGCAUGGUGAGGCUGGCUCGCUCCUGGCGAACUGUCCCGCCGCAGAGGCGCUGCGAACUGGCGGCUCCGAGACCACAGCGCGCGGUCCCUCCUAGGUCUUCUGUCACUCUUCAGUUGGACGUGGGUUCAUGCCCGGGUGUGAAUUAUCUGGAGCACGUGCAAGCGCGGGUGUCGCUGUCAGCGGCGCGGCGUGGCGAUUUGCGGAUCGCUCUUACUUCGCCCGCAGGCACCAGAGUUACUCUACUUGCACCGAGGGCGCACGAUUCUUCCCGCGCGGGUUUUAACUCGUGGCCUUUUAUGUCGGUGCAUAUGUGGGGUGAAUCUCCACUAGGAGUGUGGCAGCUUGAGGUUUCUAACGAGGGUCGCUAUAUGGGUCGAGCGACCUUGCAAGACUGGUCUUUGACAUUGUACGGGACCAGCUCCCCCGCCGCUAAAAACGAUCCAGCACCGUAUCGCAGUCCAACUAUAGCCCGCAAUAAGAAUAACAUAACGCGUCCUGUUGUGGUGCAAGCUGGAAGAAAGAAUAAUAAAGGAAAAUCGAUAAGCGUUGUCCCAACGUAUACUUUUGGAAUGGUUAAAAGAAAGAAGAAUAAGAAUUCCAAGAAUCCGAAGAGCGGUUCCCAGAAAGCGAAACAGAGUCAUCAGGCGACGCGUUCUCCAAUAGAAAUAACGACAACGAGGUCGACAACGUCUCCAGCACCAAAUCUUAGUCUUAAUUUGCAAGGAGAUAUAACUGAUCCCCUGGCGGAUGCUAGAGGACGCAAGAUGUCCAGUCUAUUCGAACAAUAUCCGAAAAUUCAACGCAUAUACCCAGCUCCACUGCAAGCCAACGCUGGGCCUUUAACGCAAUGGGAGCUGAUUUUUUACGGAACAGAAACACCGGCACAAGAUUAUGAUGCAUCUCCAGAGAAUAACUCGUUGGGUACGAGUUCGGGAACAGGAUCGGGAACAGUCACAGGAACCGGACCAGCGAAGGGUGCUUGGGGAGGCUCAAGUGUACCCGACUCAGAGGAAAUUAGACAAAACGCUAUUGAUGAUGAACUGGCCUUAGUGUGGCACGAUUCCCAUGCGAUCCGUGAAGAAGGCUUGCUGGGCUCAUCCGGUUCAUCCGGUUCAGCUAGUAGAACCAGUGCAGCAGCCGGUUGUGCCACGCGUGCCCCACAAUCUCCUCACCACUGCUUAGAAUGCGCGAAGGGUUUGCACUUGUACGACGGUCGAUGCUACAAACAUUGUCCGGAUGGUACAUACGCCAGCGAGAUUUUGACGGAAAGAAGCUCAAGACGGCGAAAUCUUACUUAUUUCUCUGAAAAAGCUGGUGCUGCUGGUCUUAUUAAACGACAAGGUGCCAAUACUCCGGCGCCCGUUGCUAACGAGGCCCUUGAUAUGGAACCUCUAUCGGAUGCGAAAAAUAAAGCGCCACUAAUUUGUUUACCAUGCCAUUAUACGUGCGCUACUUGUUCUGGACCUCAUAACAGCCAGUGCUUAUCAUGUUUAGAUGAUGCUCAACUAUACAAUGUGACUGAUGUUGAGUUAAAGUUAUACUGUUAUCCAAAGGCAGUGGUACCACAGAUUACUAACGCUGAGUGGCAUUAUAAAAUUAAUAUCGCCUUAGCAAUUAUGUCCUUAGCUUUUAGUGCUGUAAUGUUAUAUAUCUUAAUAUCGUAUGUUGUUAAAAGAUACGGCGUGUGUAAUAGAAAUAACUAUAAUUCUAACAUAAAAGUCGCUUAUAACAAAUUAGCCAGCGAUGAAAAGCAACAAAGUGCCCUAGAGAUUGAAGAAGAAAUACAUAAAGCAAUCAAGUAUUCAAGUGACAGCGAAUCUGACGACGGAUUACACUUGUAG